UUUAUUUGAGCGGAAAUCAUGAAGCAGUUAAUAUUCAUAUUCAUUGCAACUUUCACUGCAUUGGGACUUGCCGUUAGUGGAGAAUAUGAUGAAACUGGCCUUUUUCAGCAACCAGCGCUCGGAGUUCCGAUUCUCAAAGUAGAAACAUCGAACCCUUACUGCAACUUCAGACGCAUGUUCGGACCUGUCUGCAAUAUGACUGGAUUCAGCGGGAUCCUAAUGAUUGAUUCUGGCUUGCAAUUGCCCGAUGCGCUCGAGAUUUCCGUUACAAAAGCUGACAUGGUUGUCAUGAAUCCUGUAUGUGUGCCGUGGAUCAAGGCUUACGAGGUACAAGACUUCACAACUAUUUGGCACAAGUCAGCAGAAACCGCAAAGGAAAGAAAUUGUCGAACUUGGCUUCGCGUCAUUGAUUCCCACGUCUCGACUCUGAAGUCGGGAAUCCACGACGUCAGUUUGAUAAACUCAUCAGUCGACACGAUAAACCUGGCAAACCUUCGAGACUUUAUGGCAAUGUCCUCAAACCUUUCAGUUAUUGAACAUUUAGACUGGCGAGGGUACAGAGGAAUGAUUGCCUUAUCCAACAUCAGCACAAUAUUCCGAAUCGAAAGCAACGACAAUUUAACAAUCGGUGAAUCGCACAUUGGUAAAAUAGCUCAAAAUGGAUUCGUUUUUAAUGGGCGUGAAAUGAUCAUCAACCAAACCAUCUUCAAUGAAGUCGAUUACAAUGGCAUUUGGCUUAACAGCGGAGUGAUCAAAAUCGAAAACACCAUACUUCAGGAUGUCAAAAAAGAUGGAAUUAUCCUAGGCCAGGACGUCAGAGUCAUAAUGAAAAACGUGACGAUUGAAAAAUGCCAGAAGCCUUGCGUGCAGAUUUAUAAUAUGCGGUAUUUUGAACAUAAAAAUUUUGAGGUGAACGGGAAACCAUUCGAGGAGGAUGCCGAUGUCGUUAACUUUGCUUGGGAGGAACUUUCUGCUGAAGUAAAAUCGCUCGAUUCCGAUGAACAUUGCCGGGGAGAGAGCGAGGGUUUGUCGUGUGACUUCAAUUAUACAAAUGAGACGGUGACUCUGACUCCGACCGAUCAAAUGACCGUCAAGCAAUACAAUAUCAGUAAUUCAAUGGAAUUGCACAUCGUUGGAGCAAGUGCCUUGGACGUCAUCGUUUACAAUUCACACGCCAUUUACACUGAACUGACAAAAGAAUUAUUGAAAAACGAAAGUUCAUUUGAUGCUGGUGGUUCUCUGACAAGCUAUAAUUCAACGUUCGGAAUAGUUCAAGCUGGAAAUCUACGGCAACUAACGGCUCUCGACUCAAAACUCACGCAAAUACACGCGGGCACGAUAGAAAGAGUGACGUCGCAAAACUCGGCAUUGCAAGUCAGGCGACUGAACGUUUCUGAGGAGGCGGAAUUCAGCAAUUCGGAGAUCAGCAUAUUAAAUGCAAACAUAGAUGGCUCUCUCCUUGCGAAUUUUACGGUCUUUGGCAACAUCUCAACUCUCCACAUUCUGGGCGACGCGAAGAUCUUCAACUGCAUAUUCAAACAACUGAGCAUCCAUAGCAUCACCGUCUCCGGGAACCUAAGUUUAAGUAAUGUUACUUUCGAGGACUAUGAGUAUUUGCCAAUCUACGUGGCUGAAGGAGGCAGUCUGGAGCUCGUUAAUGUUUGGCCCAAGAAAGUCUGGCAUUUCGUUUCAGUCGUCGACAGGAAACAGGUGAAUUGGCAGAGUGAUGAUAUAGAACACUUCAUCACUAUCAGACAGCCGCUCCAGAAAGAAAACGUGCUGCUGGUUGGCAAGAAUAAGCUGCACUGUGAACAAAAGCGAUUUAUGUUUUCACCGGCAUUUCGUUUCGAUCAACCCUUAAUCUGCAACUACACAGAUGUUGAGGAAGAAGUGGAGGUUGCGGUCGACCUUAAACCAAAGCCUUUCCCGACUUCAGUGUACAUCAUAGGCGCCAAGUUUCUCAGACUUGCGAGCAUCUGCACCUAUACGAUAGACCUGGAUAACGUGAGAAAUGCCACGAUGGAUUACGUCGCUCAUCACUGUCACUAUCAGCUCAAAAUUUCCAACUCUAGCGUCGCGAACAUUGUUAAUGAACCCGUUACGAUCCAGACACUGGACAGCAUGGUGGGAGAAAUUGAAGCGAUUUUUCCACUAGAUCAAUUAGUUAUUAAUCGAUCAAUAGUGCACUCUCUGACAGCAUCUCCUAUGACUACGGAAGUCUUGAAUGCAAACAUUUCUUCCGUUGAUAUGCUAAUCUGUUAUCGAUCGCUGACAAUGAACGAUUCGUCGAUUGGAUCCGUCACGUCCAUUCAAGUCUUAAAAUUUGGGUCGAUAAUCAAUACAAAAAUUGAUAGAGUAUCAUAUCCGGGAAUCUACGUUGAUGGAGAUUUAAUAUUUGAGAAUGUAACUAUCAAGGAUCUAGAUGUCAAAGCCAUAACUUUCGGGGUUGGUGGUCGACUUUCUCUAAAAAACGUCAUUAUUGAAAAGGGGUAUAUAGAUUCCAUUGAUCUGUCUUCUGGAUCAUUGGAUCUAAUAAACGUCACACUGUUUGGAGCUCCUCUAAUUCUCGAAAAACAUGUCCAACUCAAGAUCAACCGAGAAGAAUCUAAGACUUCUGAACCUGCUAAAACAGACUCUCAGCAACCUACACCAAUCUUGACUACUCCUUUGAGCGUUUCGACCCCGAGAAGUACAGAAGGUCCUCACAAAGUUGUAUCUGAAGCCGUCAAAGCUUCAGUCACCGACGCUCAACUGUCGCCAGAUUCUCCAGGAGUUCCGGAGGUCCAGCCGUGGAUCAAAUGGGCAACCGCUGGAGCGUCCAUCUUCCUGGCAUUGGUGGUGGUUCUCAUUGCAAUUUCUUUGGCCGUCGUCGUCAGGAACAACGGGAGCAGCGAGCCUUUUUCGUUGCGGUUGCGUCGUAUGUUCAGAGCAGCGAUUGAGGACGAGAGUCCAAUCUCGACAGAGCUUGACAUGCACGUAGCACACGAGCACCGCGACUCCUUCACCACACACUACUCCCGACUACCUUCUAUUUGAAGUGGAGCUGAUCUUAUAUUUUGUAUACGAUGCCAUUUUCGAAAUUUAGUAUUAUUUAGAGGAGUGAGAGAAUCCAGCGAUGAAUUAAAAUUCAAUCUUUAAUGAUCCAAAUAAAGUCCAUCUUGCAGCAAACGUAUAUCGUACAAUACGAAUGAUUUUUGGGUUAACUUUGAGCCAAACAAUAAGGGCAGGGUUGAAAAGUGGUUACAGUUCAGAGUGCCAGGAUUGUAGCAGUGAGUUGCGAG